AUGUCGUCGCUGCACUGUGCCCAGCGUGGCUCGGGCGUGCUCAAUGUGGCCUUUAACCAGGACAACACCUGUGUCGCGGUGGCGGACAUGAGCGGCCUGCGCGUGUUCAGUCUGGAGCAGCAUAAACGUGCCUUCAGACUCGACAUCGGGGCCAUCGGACUGGCGCAGAUGCUGUUCUGCACCAGCCUGCUGGCCUAUGUGGGUGCGGGGGAGCAGCCCACCCUGAGCCCACGCAAGCUGACCCUGUACAACACACACUCCAACGCCGCCAUCCAGAGCCUCUCCUUCCCCUCCUCCGUCCUGGGGGUCCACCUGAACCGCAAGCGGCUGGCGGUGGUACUGGAGCGCCGGGUCCUGCUCUAUGUGCUGGAGACGCUGGAGCUCCUGCGGACAAUCGACACGGCACCCAACCCGGAGGGGGUGGCCGCGCUGACGACGUGCCAUGAGCCCACUUGCCAGCUGGCGGUCCCUGCCGGCGGCGAGCCUGGGGCGGUGCGCGUUUACGACGCAGCCUCCGGCAGCGGCAGCGUCCUCGGCGAGCUCCGGGCACACCGCUCGCCGCUGGUGGGUGGCGUGCUGGCCUGGAGCGACACGGGCUCGCUGCUCGCCUCAGCCUCACAAAAGGGGACGGUGGUGCGUGUGCAUGCCCCCGCCUCGCCAGAUACCGUGCACUCCUUCCGAAGGGGGUCCACGCCCGCACGCAUCAGCGGCCUGGCCUUCGCCCCCUCCCCAGUCCAGCCGGCGCUCCUGUGUGUGGCCUCGGACCAUGGGACUGUGCACCUGUUCCGCAUCACCCCCCAGUUGGAGCGGAAAUCCAGCACUGCAGCAGCAGCGGCGGUCAUCUCCUCCGUCCUUCCGGCCACCAUCGCGCGAGCGGUGGAGCCCACGCGAUGCCUGACGACCAUCCGGUUGCCUGGCCGGCCGGCAGCGUCCGUCUGCAGUCUCACCACUGUGGAUGGGGGGGACGAGGGCUCUGGGCCUGCUGACAAUGACUGGCUAACACUAGUGGUGGCCACCUCCAGCGGCAUCCUGUACAGCUACAAGCUGGAGGGGGUUGCAGAGGGCAAUGUCAAGUCUUUCCUGGAGGGAGAAUGGUUCUUGUAG